UCUCUGUUCCUCUUUGUCCUACUCCCUCACCCCUGUUCUCCAGGAGGGAGAGUGUGAGGAGGGAGACGGUGAAGCUGAGGUGGAGGUGGAGGUAGAGGUGGAGGGAGACAUGAUGGAAGAAGAGACAGACGAGGACCUGGAUGAAGAGGAGAACCCAGCAGUGAUUGUGGAGGAGGUCCCAGGCAGGGGGCUGGAGCAGUAUUUCUCUGCCCAGGUUCUGGUAUACGAAGACGGGACCUACCUGAUACAGGACGUGGGGGAAGAACAGGAGGUGGAGACUGAGGUGGUGGAGACAGUGGAGGCGUCCGUCCAUUACCAACAGUCUGGCACCAGCAUCUACUGUUCUGAUAAGACCAUCGAGGCUGCCGAGGCUCUGCUGCACAUGGACUCUGUUACCAGCCUGAGAGGAGACCGCAGCCCAGAUGUGUUCAUCCCGGCAGGGUGUGGGACCACCCCAGACUUCAUCCACGCGGCGAUGCGUCCAGACGUGAUGACCGAGACGGUGGUGGAGGUGUCUACGGAAGACUGUAUGGACGAGGACAUGGAGGUCACCCUCAUAGAGGAACCAGACGAGUCAGAGCCUGACCAGCAACCUGUCAGGAAGAAGAAAGCGGGGAGGAAGCCAAAGACCCACCCGCCUGCUGUGUCCAACGGAUCGCCGGACCUCAGCAUCAAGAAGAAACCCAGAGAAGGAAAAGGCAGCACCACGUACCUGUGGGAGUUCCUGUUGGACUUGCUUCAGGACAAGAACACGUGUCCCAGGUACAUCAAGUGGACUCAGAGGGAGAAGGGCAUCUUCAAGCUGGUGGACUCCAAGGCCGUGUCCAAGCUCUGGGGCAAACACAAGAACAAACCUGACAUGAACUAUGAGACCAUGGGGCGGGCUCUGAGGUACUACUACCAACGUGGUAUACUGGCCAAGGUCGAAGGUCAGCGGCUGGUCUACCAGUUCAAGGAGAUGCCCAAGAACAUCGUUGUCAUCGAGGACGAUAAGGCCGACUCCAGAUCGGGCGAUCUUAUUGGCUCAGAGAAGUCUUACCACGAGAGAGUCCUGCCCUCGUCGGAGACGAUACUGAAUGUGGCCGAGCUCGCCACGACGCCCACCAUCCUGAGGGGUGGGACUAGAACCGUGGUCCAUCCUCCGGUUGCUAAGGGCAACAAGGCGGCGGUGACGGGGGGCGGGGCGGCGGUGGGGGUUCCGAGGAUAGUGACCAUUUCCACGGCGCCAGACGGAACCCAGACGCAGCAUUCUCACACGGCCAUCAUCCCCACUGCCUCAGGACCCAGGUUAGAGACACACCCUAAUACUGACCCUGAAACAUACAUCAUCCCCACUGCCUCAGGACCCAGGUUAGAGACGCACCCUAAUACUGACCCUGAAACAUACAUCAUCCCCACUGCCUCAGGACCCAGGUUAGAGACACACCCUAAUACUGACCCUGAAACAUACAUCAUCCCCACUGCCUCAGGACCCAGGUUAGAGACACACCCUAAUACUGACCCUGAAACAUACAUCAUCCCCACUGCCUCAGGACCCAGGUUAGAGACACACCCUAAUACUGACCCUGAAACAUACAAUUCACUUUGGAGGUUUUAUGCUGAAUGUAAAAGAGUUUAUCUAUCGAUAUCUAGUAAGUUUGUAUUUACGAAACUUUGUCACGGACUCCAUUUUGUUAUCGUUUCCGUCUCCAGGACUCGUCACUGGGCCAGAAGAUCUCAACGGUUGCCAUGCAACAGGCGCCAGGGACGUCGGGAGGCCAAACGACGUACCAAUUGGCCAACGCCUCUCCCAUUGGCACGGCAACGGGCAUACGCGAACUCCCAACCGAAGGUUGUGAUCCAGACCAUCCCCACUAUGGUUCCAGCCACAGCGGAGAACGGAGACAAGAUCACGGUCCAACUGGCUAAGAUCAUCACCAUCCCGGCCCACCAGCUGGCCCAGUACCAGCAGCAGACCAAGCCUGGCCUGGGGGCUCCCCGAAACAUACAGCAUCUCUCUCCUGGGCGGGACAAACUCCUGGGGGUACGAGCCCUGGCACCUCAUGUUACCAUGGCUGCAGGGACACAGGUGAUGAGGCUGGCCGUUCCCACAACGCUGCAUCAUCAUCAACAACAACAGACACAUCAUAUCGUCACGACGACGCAAGGUGGCGGGACCGGGACCCUGCAGUGGUCACCGUGGACGACGACAACAGCCAAUCAGAGCGCUCCGGUGGCGGCAUCCCAUAUCAUCAGCGGCAUCAUCAAGAGAUCUGGCACGGCGAUCGAGAGAACAGCAGCAGCAGCAGGCCAAGACGCUGACCGUUAA